CAGAAAAAACUGCUGCUGCUAGUGAAAAAAAAGUGGAGAUUAACCCGUUCGGAAUCGUGAAUUGUGCAAAUUUCCUUCCGAAAAUAGUGUCCGCAGUCGCCGCCGCCGCGUUAGUGACCGAUUCCAGCUCUACACGAAUGAAGAAACGUAAAGCCCGCACGGCAGUUUAGUUGAUCGUCGCGACGAUAGUGUGAAAUUCUGCCUGCCUUCAAUCUGCACCUCCGUCUGCCGAGUGGAUUAUGGCCUUAGCAGCCAGAAAGACACCAACGAAAAUUUAUGAUAUUCAGGCGCACAGCAAUAAGGUAACAUGUUUGGAUAUUGGCGAAACCGGGCGGGUCCUGGUUACCGGUGGACAGGAUCGAAACGUCAACCUGUGGACGUUUGGCCAUAAGGAGUGUUUUAUGUCACUUACUGGUCACAAUGCACCGAUCGAUUGUGUGAAGUUUGCCUGUUCGGAUGAUCACGUUUACUCGGCGGACGAUACGGGCGUGAUCAAGCGAUGGGAUCUGCAUUCGGGUACCGAAUAUACGACCUUCUACGGACACAUGAAAACGGUCCGUACGCUGGAUUUUCAUCCUUACAGUGAGUAUGUGGUUUCCGGUAGUCACGACACUUCGAUUCGAUUGUGGGACGUCCGCCAGAGCAUGUGCAUCAAGCGAUAUCGGGGGCACAUUUCGAACGUGAAUUCGGUUAAGUUUUCGCCGGACGGCCUGUGGAUUGCUUCAGCUGGUACUGAGGGAUGCGUUAUCAUCUGGGACAUUCGGAUGAGCAAACAGUUCAUGGAGUUUACCGAUGCGGAAUCGCCGGCGAUGUGUGUUCAGUACCACCCGUCGGAUUUGCUGAUGGCUGCCGGACGAAACGAUGGGAGUGUUGAUUUGUAUGACUUGGAGAAGAAGCAGCUGAUUUCCCGUGCGGACAAGACGCACUCGAAAGGGCACACGGUGAAGUGUAUCGCAUUUGACGAAGGAGGAUCGUGUUUGUUCGUCGGCACGCCGGCUGGCAUUUCUGUGAUUGGCUGGGAACCGGACCAAGAGUAUGACCAUGUGGAUUCGACGUGGACUUUCCUGGGGGAUAUGAUGACGGCGGGACAGAAGCUGAUUUGUGGAACGUUCGAAAAUCGGAAUGUGUCGAUACAUGUGUUGAAUCUAAGUCAGGUUAAACCCUUCUACAAUCCGCAGAACCAACCGUUCAAUCACCAUCAAAGCUCGAGGAAAAGUUUCAGCCGGGGAAGCGGAAAGGUACGGCUGUCGGUUGGCGAGCGAAGCUUUUCCGGAGACUCUUUCGAGGAGAAUAAAAACGGAGGAAUGUCGCCCAAUCUGAGUAUCGAAAUGAUUGACGAAGAAGAACCUGCGGUGGCACAGGAACAGAAAGGUUUCGACUUUAGUCACCGAAAUGGGACCGGAACGAACAGCUUUGAUUCCUACACACCACCGCCUUCGGCGGCACCUCCAUCAGUUUCAUCAACGCAACCCUCAAGCGGUCCGCUCGCAAACAGUAACUAUCUGGUCAAAGAAGAGAUGAAAAUGUACAACAUCAGCUCUUCCACAGGCUAUUCCUGCGAUCUUGACUACUAUCCGUGUAAAAACAAUUCUUUCGACGCAGAAAAGGAAGACUUUCCCGUGAAAAGUGCUCAACCACCGGACUACGCACCGAAGCUAACCAAUAUCAGUACAACCAAUGCAACCAGCACGACUUCCCUAGCAAAGUCGACUGUUGUGAGACAAAAAACUGAACCAAGCAACAACAGCAGCACACAGCAGAGGCGUCCUUCCCAGCCAAGUAUGGUUCCCUCUAGAAACUUUACGACCAGCAACCUGGCCAGGCGAAUAUCAACCUCCCGAAGCACUCUGGAACUGAACAAACUAUCCCAGGACGAACAGGUAACGUUCAAGAAACCCAUCAGCCGAGGCAGUUCGCCGAUACGUAACAACACCGCACUGAGUAGUAAAAUUCGCAAAAGUGAAAGCUCAGCACAGAUAGGUGGCGCAAAGAACGGCACCCACCGGUACAGUGCUGCACCACAGCACAAUGCCAACGUGAAGGUGGAGAUUGUUACGAAGCCUGUCCGGUCGAAAACCUCGCUCGAUUUACGCCAGCGGAACAACCAUUCGGAAAUGAAUAGCAGCAGCGCAACGAUGAGUCGUGCCGGAAUCAUCCAUCACAACGCCUCUACCACCGGAGGUGGUCACGGCCCGUAUCGUAUCCCCGAUGGCGCCCCGAGCUUCGACCGGGACUCCCUGAUGAUGCCACCACCUCCACCGGCAUCGAUCAUUCCCCCGGCGCAUUCCGCCUAUACACCAAUUAUUCGGCUUUCGCACGAUGGAAUCGCGUCGUUUGGAACCACCGGAAGUGGUGGUGGUGGUGGCGGUAGUGGAAUAAGCUCGAACGAAGAGUACGAAAUUCAGCUGCUGAUGAACGAACACGACAGCAUCUUUCAGGCUCUCUCCAACCGGACGGCACUGCUGUCGGCCAUCCGGAAGUACACCCAGUCCGGGGAUGUCACCAUGGCGCUGCAGGUCGCCGUCCGCAUGAACGACCAGCCGCUGCUGGUCGAUCUGCUCGGAGCCAUUCUGGAGAAAUCCUCUCAAUUUACGUUGGACAUGUGCGUUUUGCUGUUGCCAAAAAUCUACGAACUGCUGCAGAGUGAAUACAAAUUCCAUUGUACGCGAGCCUGCGAUACGUUGCGCGUGAUUCUGACCACCUUUCUGGAGAUGAUCCGCGAAAACACGUAUGGCGGUUGCACCAUCGGGGUGGACAUCAGCCGGGAGGAACGCUUCCGGAAGUGCGCCGAGUGCCGAAAGUGGCUCAUAAGCAUACGAAGCUUACCGGAGAACGCCAAAAUUGGCACCAAUCUGCAGCAGCUGCAAAACAUGAUCGUCGAUCUGUGAGGUGAGCGACGGCUUUAAUUGUUUGUUUUUUUCCUGAUUUUAAUUUAUCCUAGUAUGAUUGUUCGUUCGAUUGUGUUUCGUUUUCGCCUGCUUGCGAAAGAGUUCAGAACUCGACGAGCACACGAUUGAGUAGCAAAAAAAAACACACAGAGCGGACUACACGCCCGCAUGACUUAAUAAAAUUUAUCGCUAACGUCACUAAUUUAUUGAACAAAGCCGCAAAACAAAAAAAAAUGAAAUUGUAAAACUGCAAAUUUUAACACCUAACGUAAUUAUUUUAAUUUUAAACUACAAUCGCAAAGGGCGAGAAUACACAUUUACUUCGAUACAGAUUAUUAAUAAGACUGAGCAUUUUAAUUGAGUAUGCAAUUACUGAGGGCAAAAUCAUCCUAAUUGAGCAGUAAAAAUGAUAAUCUACAUUAUAGGAAAGCUACAAUUAAAUAUGCAAAAAUCAGCAGAAAGCAAAUCGAAUGAGCGAAAAUGAUCAUUCAACGUGCAAAACUAACGAAUUGAAUCCUUCCAAUCAAUUCUCCAAGCUCAAUCCCAAAUAUUAACGGCAGAAUGGGGCAGUGGACUACUAAGCAAACGAAAAACGAAGCAAAAAAAAACACAUGUAACGGGAAAGGUGAUUUACUUAGUGCUUUACGAAACAAAAAGAAGGCGAUAAAACUAAAAUUGUGAUUAACGUUUGAGCAUUGCUUUAGCAAUGCCGUAACCUUUUGGGAUUAGUCCCUCCCUUAAGUAUAUGAAACAUUAAACAAACAAACAAAAAAACUGUAAAUUAGUAAUCUAACAAAUUCUUUUCCAAAACAUUAUGCAUUUAAAAUUAAAAAAAAAUCGUUAAAUCAUGCCCAUCGCAUCAUUAUCAUCAUCAUCGAUUGUUCCCCAUCCUAAUAAGGCAAAAACAUAGUAUCAAGAAGAUAAACAGAAAGUAUGAAUAGCAGCAGCAGAACGAGUUGAUCUUUUUAAAAACAAAAAAAAAACAGUAUAAACCCCGCUAAAACCCGUCCUGCCUGCCUGCCUGUGUCCCGGCGGGUGUAAUUUUCGAUCUUUUUGGUCCAGUAUUAACAACCAAUCAUCCUAUUAGAUUACAUUUAUCCAACCAUUGCGUUGUGUUCAAGCAAUAGCUAGCUUUAGUUAAAUAGAGAAUUCAGCUUUUUUUCUUCCUAUUACAGUAUAAUAUCAAAACAUCUCAUAAAUUUGCGAAUUGUUAGUAUUUCUGUUAAAUUUUUAUUAGGUAGCAACACCGUAUUAUUUAAAGAGGUUCAAAAGAUGGGUCAACCUCACUCAACCCAGCAACCGAUGCUUUUCGUGUCAAUACUGUCAGAGUAUUUGUAUUUCAUUUUUCACAAUGUUUUCAUCGAGUCUUCAUCUUUUAUCGAUUAAAAAAUUACUUUCGUGACCGGAUAAAAUGAUCUAUUGCAAUGCGAUCACCCAUGUGCAGUUUAAAAAGCUUAACGGUAAAGUGUGAAAUCGUCGGACCAUUAGGAAAUACCGUCAAAAAUGCUAAUGGCUCGUUAUUAGGAAGAUCCACUGAUGUAAGCUAUACAGUGUACUUAGAGUGAGGCUCGGAAAACUAAGCCAUUCCCGCAGUUCUGUGUCUCUCCCAGUAAAAAUCAGCUACGACCAGACUAGAAUUCCAUGCAAAAUUAUAUUUUCAAAUAUCCCAGAACUAAUCAAACCACGUGUUGGUAGUGCGAAGGGACAAUGAUUUUAUCAGAACUAGGUAUGAUUGGAACCGUAAGCGACGAUAUGGACAAUGCUAGCUUUGUUCCUCAAUGCUAGCUGUUCCAAAAGGCACACAGGACAUUCGCCUUGUCAUUGACCUCAGAGGUACAAAUCAAUUCGAAGAGAGAAGUCCCUUUUGCUAUGCCCGUUCUUGAAUCUAUACUGGCAAAGGUAAACGGUUCUACUUGCUUCCUAACCCUUGAUUUAUCUAGCUUGUUUUUUCACAUACAGUUAGACACUCAACUAACUUUUUCACAGAGUUUAGAUUUUGUUAGAAAUGUUCGCCUGCCAUUCGGUUUGUGAAUGCUGCGCCAGAUGGUUUCCAAAAAGUAUGAACCACGAGCUGCAGGAGAGAUCCCAAUCGUACAGCUGGUGAAAGUUGGGAAACUACGGAGGCCGGCCACGUCGCAAGGAUGCCGGACGAUUGAGCCAUGAAAUCCGCCCUCUUCAAAUACCCCACCGGCACCAGGAAUAAAGGGGCCCAAGGGGCUACGCUAGAUGGUUCCACUAAGUUGAAACUGACUUGCCUGUAUCGAGACGCUCAACGAAUCGAGCACAGCGGAGAGGAACUCUUGAUACGGCACAAGAACCACCCCGGCUCUAUGCUGUUAGAAGUAAGAAGUAAGGGUUCCAAGAGGUGUUGUAGAGGGUAAUAUUGGGUGUGUGCUCCGGAGUGGUAAACUGCCUGGACAAUAUCCCCAUCUUCGGAAGAACAAAAGAAGAGCAUGAUGCUAACUUAGCGGAAGUACGUACGCGUCUUCAGCAGCAAAAUGUAAAGUUGUAUAACGACAAAUACGUCUUGGGUAACCAAUCAGUUGGGUUGGUUGGGUUUUUUACACCUAUCUCUUGUGCCGAAGUCAAAAGUUUCCUUGGGUUAGUCAAGUUUGCGGACAGAUUCAACCAACGAGGAGCUGAUUUAGCGAAACGGCGAAUUCAGACAAGUUCUAUUGGACCUCCGAAGAAGGGAAAGAGUUCAACUAUUUGCAAAACAACGCGUUAAAGAAUAAUCAAGUACUGGGUUACUACAUUCCUACGGAUGUGACAGAAAUAUACGUCGGUGCCAGCACGAUCGGCCUGAGCGGGUGGUAGUGGAAUACAACACAGGUAAUAUAAUUUUUUAUAACGGUAGUUUUCAACAAUCGUCAGAACCAACAGUACUCAAAUGCGCUGCACUCAAAUGAGCAUUUACUGAGUAAAAAACUGAAAAUGAAGCCUGUUUUUAAGUUGAUUUAGUGCUGUUUCAGAGAAUCUACAGAGCUGCCACUUUCUGAAAAGUUUCAGAGCAAUUCAUAGCUAUUUUAGUAGUUUGGUGUCAACUGUUUCAAAGCAGCUGCAGAGUAGUUUCUAUGCAGUUCCAGAGAAGUUUCAGUGCAGCUUCAAAGCAAUUUCAGGUCACUUUCAGAGAAGUUUUUUUUACUUGGGAGAAGCACUUUCUGAACAGUUUCAAACCAGCUUCCGAACAGUUUACGAAUAGUUUCUGGACAGGGCUGAACAAUUUCAAAGUAAUUUUGAAGCGGUUUCAAGGGGUUUAAGAACACUUCCGGAGCCGUUUUGGAGCAGAAUUAAAGCUAUUUCAGAGAACCUUCAAAGUAAUUUUAAAACACUUUUCGAGCUGUUUUAGAGCCGUUUCUGAGAUGGUGCAGUGCGGUUUAAGAGCGAUUUCAGCGUAGUUUCAGAGUAGCCUUAAAACAAUCCCAGAACGGUUUCUGAAUAGUUUCAGGUCUGUUUCUAGCUAGUUUGCGGGCAUUGCCUGAGCAGUUUCAGAUCAACUUUAGAACUGUUUUUGAGCGGUUUCACGGUGACUUCUGAGUCAAUUUUGAGCAGUUUGGCGGUAGUUUCAGACAAAUUUUAGAAUAAUUUCAGAGCAAUUUCCAAUUAUUUUCCUAAACUUUUUUCGCGGAACUUUCAGAGCUGUUUUAAAUGUGUUUCAGUGUAGUUUCUAAGAAGUUUUAGACAAAUUUCAGAGCAAAGUUUCAAGUCAGUUUUUUAGCAGUUUCAGUAAAUUUUUUGAACAGUUUGAGAGUAGUUUCAAAGCAAUUGCCUAUUUCAAACAAAUGUCCGAGUAAUUUUAAAGCAGCUUCAGGGUGGUCCCUGAGCAGUUUCAAGGCAAUUUUACAGUAGCUUUUGAGAAAAUUUAGAGAAGUUUCUGAGCAGUUUCUAAACAGUUUCGGGGUGUUUUAAAAACAACUUCGGAACAGCGCAGUUUAUGGGCAACUAAUGAGCAGCUUUUGAGAAGUUUCAAAUAAAUUUCAGAGUAGUUUCAGAUCAGUUUCUGAGCAGUUUCAGUGAAACUUCGGAACAGUUUCAAAGCAAUUGCGUAACUGUUCUAGAGUAGUCUAAGACCGGUUUCAGACAAAAUUAGUGGUAGUUUCUGAGCAGUUUCAGAGCGGUUUUAGGGCAGUUUUAUAGUAGUUUUUGAAAAAAUUUAGAGCUGUUCUACGUCAGUCUAUGACUAGUUUUUGCUCAGUUUUGGGGUACUGUCAAAGCAACUUCUGAACAUUUCCAUCGCAACAUAGUUUUAGAACCUUUUUAUUAGCAGUUUCUGAGCAGCUCUAGAGCAUUUUCAGACAAAUUUCAAGGCAGUUUCAAAUCAGUUUCUGAACGAUUUCAGAAAAGUUUGUGAAUCGUUUCGGAGCAAUUUUAGAAGCAGCUGCAGUUUUGUGGCGAAUUUAGAACAGCUUAAAUUCAGGUUCAGUUUCAAGAUAGUUUAAUAUUGUUGGGUUUUAUUCCUGAGGCAGCUUCAAAAUAGUUUCUGAAAUAUUUUAGAGUAGUUCUGAAACAGUUUUAGAGCAGUUUCAACGCAGUUUCUAAUUAGUUUCACAGAAGUUACCAAGCAAAAGCAACUUCAAAGCGGUUCUUGGGCAAUCUCGGGCAGUCUCAUUACAGUCAUUAUUGUUGAAAAAAGUAUAGGAUCGAAAAGAUAAAACUAUACUUUCUUCAAUAAUAAUGUAGAUAAUAAUUAGCUCCCAAGUAGCACACUGUAAGUCGAUUUAGUUGUAGCAACCGAAUUACGACUGAAAUUAGUCAUAUUUAGGUUACCACAAUAACUUUGUAACAACCGUGCUAGUAGGGCUCUGCCAUUGCCUUUUACACUACUUUUUCGAAUUUCGUUUCGUUGAGGGGCUGCAGUCAAAUGAGCAUCUACUGAGUAAAAAACUGAAAAUGAAGCCAGCCCUUCUUUGCCCGAUUGUUCGAUCCUAUUCUCGCCUUGUUUUUUUCUGAAAUACUAUAAAAACUUUUGCUUCCUUCUACAGUUCGAUCCGUCGAUUGUAAGAAAAACUACCGUUAUAAAUUCCUGAUCUCAUUACGAAGGUCAAAACAAAAACACGAGGUUGGUCUGCAGAUAAUGUGCCACGCACAAUAUUCUUUGUAUCAAAACCCCUCUCACCUACGGAACAGGAAUGUCGCGAAACACAAAAGGAGACUUGAACGUUUUAGCUCGUAUUUACUUGGAAGAUCGUUCAUUAUUCGAACGGAUGCAGAAGCAAAUGAAUUCGUUUUAGUACAUCCCGCGGGUUGGGAAAAAGAGAGCGAUAUCGCGUGCGGAAUCGUGCGCCCUGCGACUCCAAUAUUAUAAUUUCAUCGUGAAAGGGAUAUGUGGAAAAGCAGAAUCCUUCGACGAAGCCGAUUACAGUCACUUUCUUCUAUACUUACUGGAUGCAUGUUCAUUGUCCAGGUAUCAACAUCUUUGGCUCGAGCAGCAUGUUCCUCUCAAUCAUGUGGAUGCAUGUUCGGUGAACGUCGCCUAAGGGAGAAGAUAGAAAGCAUUUCAGAGGAGGACAAGAACAUGCAAAUGUUGCUGGAAGCAUUGAUUUCCGAUGAUUGGCCUAAGGAAGUCCACACAUAUGAAGUACAGAAAAAGAACAUCCAUGCUCUUUGGGGGUAAAAAAAUUGUGAUUUUCCCAAAAAGUUUGGUCGUUUAUGUGCCUGUAACUAAGAUGGUCUACUUGGCUGAUCUAGCUUUUUUGUCUCAACAAGCUUUAUGCUUUAUAGGUUUGUCAAACGAAGCGCGGCUGCCGUCAAGCAGCGAAAAAUAUAAUCGAUUUUAUUGCUGCUUAUAGCAGGGGGUCAGAAAACUACUUGAGCUUAUAACAUGACGCUUAAAGAGGUUAUAAAAACCUGCUGGAAAGUGGACCACAUGGUCGGAAGGCAGUUUUAUAACUGUCAUCAGAAGGUUCUAUAGUGGAAUCCCUAGUUUUAUUAGCGGCUUUAUGUAAUUGGCAACAAAAAACAAUAUGAACGUAAUAACGCUUAAAUUGCUGCUUGGGAUUCGCGAAAUAGAAGAAAAGGGAGCGGUUUAGAUUGAAGGAGAAAUGGGACAGGUGAGGAGAGAGACCAUAGAGUGGAGAAGAUAGAGAAGACAGAAACGAAAGACCGAAGUGGAGAGUAGAAAAGACGGAAAAGGAGAGGACAGGAAUGAGUGAGAAGAUAGAGAGAAAUAUCGGAAACGAAGAUAGAAAGACUUAGAAGAAAGUCAAGUAAGAAAGGAAAGAUGCGAGCAGGCUUGUUUUUGCUCAUCUUAACCAUAAAGAGACACAUCUGCUUCUCACAACGACCAAGUGCUUUUGCUUUCUGUUCAACCAAUUGCUCUCCUGUGCUUCCAAUGAUGCUUGAAUACUGUUUUCUCUUGCAACCACUCAUCUUGCUCAGAAAAAGCACAACUACAGUUCAGAGCUAAUCAGCAAUCAGAGCUAAUCUUUUCCUCACACACUGAAAGAUAGAGACUAUUUGCUCCGUAUGCCAAAGAGAACAUCGGACAGGAAAUUAUAUGGACGGAAACGAUUUGCUCCAUGAUCUUGAGAGCAGUCGUUCGAUGAAAUAAAACUCACAAUCAUUCGGAGGCAGAGCAAAGCACUGCAAAAGCAGAAAAACUCGCUUGUCGCUUGUCCGAGAAGGUAACAUUCAACUGCAAGAGAGCAAAUCGAUUCGUCUUCUGCGCUUUGUCAGUAAAAAGCCGGGAAUUGAGGUUUUUUUCAGAGCACGGCAUAAGCCUGGAUGGAAGAGAAGAGACGAUAAAAUCCAGAGAGAGAGAGAGUAAAGAAUAAAGAAAUAGGUAAAAGGAAGACUAGAAAGCAGAGAAAAAAUAAUGGAAGUAUAGGUUGUUGAACAGAAAGAACAAGUUUUCUCAAAUGUUCCACCGCGAUCGACCGUGACAUACAUAUGAAAUUAAACACACUGUAUUGCAGUACUACGUAAAGUGGUUGAGAUUGGCUGCGCAAAUCUGUGCCCUUUUAAAAUCAAGCCCCUUAAAAACUGAUUGAAAAUUAGGCAAAAGCUGGAAUAGCUCGAAAACUAAGAAAGGUAGAGCUGCACUUCUUUCAGCAAAAAAGUGUAUUUUCAUAGUAUGUUAAACUUCGUGGAACAUCAAAACUGCGCGGAAGUAGAACUAACCAGGAAAAAUAAGAAAAACUGGUAUUAAGGGGAUACAUUAGUUUGAUGCACUAUAACUUCUUUCCCUUAAGAGAUAGGAGUUCUCUUUCUUCAACAAAAACUCUUUAAAUAAUAUUUUGUACAACUUUUUUCGGGCAUUGUUUAUUACUGGCUUUAAAUAAAAAAGUUAAAUUGAUUAUUUAUUGACCCACCCCCGGCGCUUUGCCGAGGGUUUCAUCACUGGUCGUGAUGAAGGCGUUCUUGAUGCCGGUCCAUUGCUCUUCGACGGUUCCACCAGGUGGCAACUCCGAGGCUCGAGAUUCAAGUUGUUCGACCGAACGACCGAAAGAUCUUAGAAUUUCAUAAAAUGGAUAAACUUAUGAAUAAAAACAAGUUUUUAAAAAUUCAACGUUCCCUAUUCCGUUAGCUGUAUGGCCGGGCAUAGAGGCCUGUAUGGCCAUACAGGACUUCCCCCUACUCUAUUUUGCAAGUGUAUAACUCCGUUUAAAACUUCCACAUUUUACUUUAGAAAUUUUCCGCCUUCAACAAAAGCUAGCUAUUGUUUGUAUCACAUUUUCUGUUCAGUUAAGUAACUCAUUUCAGUAAACUAAAAAAAACACGAAUCGUACAAAACUUAUUAGUUAAAUAAUCCCCAAACAGUAUAGAGUGUGAAUGAAAUCACACUAAAAAAGACUAAAGCAAAUCAGAUUUUAGAAUGAAACGGUUUUAGCACUGCGUAACAAUUAGGAAGCACCAUUGUUUUUGUUGGUAUUAACACAAAGUUUGUUAGUUGAACUACCUUAAAGCGUUAGCAUCAUCCCUCUUAGUCCAUUCCGCCAUCAUCCAAACGAGAGAGAGACAGCAAAGAAAAUGGUCAUAACAUGACAGUAUACUAAACCAUGUAAAAAGUAGAUAAUAAAAAGUUCAUCACAUGACUAAAAACUCUUUUUAAUGCGAAAAAUUCGACAAAAAAAAUGUGACAAUAUUGGCUAAACACUGUAAAUAAUAACAUCCAAGCUCACAUACUAAUAUAAUUCAUCAAUUUUACGCUAAGGCAUACUACAAAAAGCGCAAGCGAAGCGAGGUGAUCUUUACUCCAAAACUAAAAAUCAUUACUAAUAAAACGCGACAUUAUCACAUAAAUAAACGAAUAAAAGUGCCUUCAAACUAGUAAUUUCUCCAUUAAUGACACAAACACAUGCAAAACACAACAGUCGAGAGCAAAGUAGGUUAGCGCAAAACAAAAGUAAAAAAUAAAACUAAACAACAACAUAAUCAAGCAAAGCUCUAAUGAAAGACAAGCGAAAAUCUAGUGAGAUUCGAGCGAACCUACCCUUAACAAUCAAUCAACCAACCAACCAACUAAGCAAAACAAACAGCUAAUCGCAUUUUAACAGCGGCUAAACAAACUAGGUUACUAAAACAGGCAAAUUUGAAAUUUGGCUAAGCAAAAGCAAAAAUGAAACCAUAGAAGAAGGAUUUUUUAUGUGUUUGAUUUACUUUGUAUAGAGAGAGAGGGAGAGGAGCAGCUGACAGACAAAGCAAAAGGUUUAAAACAGCGCAGGGAAGUGAUUUUCUAUUGUACACACACACACACACUAAA